CGUCUCCACAACGACUUGACCGUCACGAUCCUGCAUUCCACUUUCACUUUCGCUUUUGACGCUGUUGUUCUGCGCAUGCGCCAAACAGAGCAAGCCUUGAAUCGUCGAAAGUGCCUUCUGUCCAAGUAGUUCUUCUCAUCCUACCCUCCUCAGAGACGCCAUGGAGGUGAUGAGAAUCAUUUUGUGUGGAGUCUUAACGACCUGCGUGUGUGCAUCUGGAGUUGCAGAUGUGGUUCUGUCCUGCGAGUUCAUGGAAGACUCGGUGGGACCGGACGUGAGCUCCGGCUUCCCCAGUAGUCCGGCCACGCUCAUCUUGAGAGACGUUUUUGUUGAUUCCCACGAAUCCCUUGAAGUUCUCUCUCCAUUUGUCCCGCUGGCUAACCCGGAUCCACGUGCCAUUAUGUUCGAGUCCAAUGUGUCGUCGUUCAAGAUUCCCAACAUCAACGUUGUACUCCACGCGGACUGCAACGAGCAGGAGGUGAUGUGCAAAAUAAGCAAGUAUGCCUUGAAGGAAAGGCCGGGAUCAGACUAUUUUCUGGUGUCCAUCGAUAUGAAAGACGGGGCUUUCGGCACUUUGUUGAUUCUACGUGCCGUGCCGCCGGCCGAUGAUCAAUCGAGUCAGAUGCACGUGGAACUGGGCCUGCCCUUGAGUCAGACUGGAACAUUGCUGACUGAAGUGUCAUUCCUGGUGUUUUCUGCCGUCAACUCUGUGUCGGCGCCCCUGAGAGGCGCCGGCCUCCUCAGCUGCGGCUUCAACCAUCGGGACAUGGCGCCCGAUGAGGAAAUGCACAUCGAGUGGCGUCAACAAUAUCGAGGACUAGGACAGAAAAUCAUCAAAAUGGCGGCGAGGUUGAACGAUACGCAAGGAGGUGCCGCUGAGGUGCGUCACUGGAGCAAGGACUCCAGCAUGGAUGCUAGCCAGGUUGUGAGCGAGGGGAACGCCUCGGUGACCUUGAGCAACUUAAAAGUUACAGAUGAAGGCGCCUAUAUCUGCUCCGUCACUAUCGGCCCUUUCUCUGGCCAGCAGGUGAUCAAGCUGCAGGUGCUUCAGGCACCAAGUGUUUCACUUUCGGAGGAGGAGAAGCUAGUUUUAAAAGGAAAUACGGCACAGACCCUAAGCUGCCAUUGUAGAAAAUACUACCCUCUAGAGGCUAAGGUGGAGUGGCUUUCACACUCGCCAACGGACGAGGAGCCCGCUAUCCUCGCCGAUCAGGGCUCAGUGUCCAGCCACCAGAAGUAUAGCGACGGCACCUACUCGCUCUCAUCCCACCUGGUGGUGCCCACCGACGUGGCCCCGGGAACCCGAAUCAUCUGCAGGGUGUCCCACGUGGCCCUGGACGCUCCGUUUUCCGUCAGCGUGCUGGUCGAACACCCGGAAGCAGAUGACUACUGGUGGGUGUUGUCAUUGUUGGUCAUCACUGUGGUGUUCUUCUACCAGCUCAUCAACUAGAAACACGGCAUUUAUUUAUGAACUGGCUUCAAUUCAAACGGAUUAUUUGUGUUCACUGUGUAUGUUUCAUUCCAACAACAAUAAUCUCAUUUCCGUCAUCAUGAGGCUUUUAGCCCAGACUUGGAACAGUAGUGGCCAUGAUUUGUUAAUCUUCAAUAAUAGAACACAACGUCCGAGUUAUUUUUCCCGUUAAUCGACAUGUAAUUCACAUUUGCAACAAAGACAACCGCCCAAAAACACACACUACUUCCUCCCCGCUCACGUCAUCAGUACGCGCUCCCAUCUAUGCCACAAACACAACAGAUUAGCAAACAAACUUAACAUUAUUAUUAUUAUUGUCUAAUGUUACCACAUAAAUUAUCUUUGACCUAAAUUAAUCAUUUUUUGCAGAGUACUACAAAAUAGCUUUAAAUGACAAAAACCUGUAAAUAUAUAUAUUUAUUUUUUUACUUUUUUUAGUGAGUUCGUCUUUGGCUCGAGUUGGAAUAUUAUCCUGGGACUUGAUGGUAAUUUUGUAUUGUAAAUGAGAUUUGACAUUUAUUUACGGGUUGCAUUACCACUGGCCUUGUUUCCAAAAUAAAGUCUUGGAAAUAAAUAUCAAAUGGGUGUACAAUGUCAAAUAUAUAUCUUUAUAACGUCAAAGCAGUGAUCAGUAUAGAAACAAAUAAGAACAAAAGUUAGAAAAAUAUCACUUACCAUUGUUUUGAUGUUGCCGUGAAAGGAAAAAAACAGCCACCAGAAAUGUCGGUCCCGUCGUUUGUCGAUAUCUGCCCCGUAACUACCCUGCUAUGUAAAAUGGAUAAAUGGUAUUUGUGCUGCAUCUAAAUAAUAAACACAAAAAAAAAAACACA